AUGCCCUGGCACGCCCCCGCGCCCCAGCGGCGGGCGGCCCGCGCGCUGCUCGCGCUGGCGUUCCUCGCGCUGCUGGCGGCAGCCAAGGAGUCCGGCCCUGCGGGCGCCGGUGGCGCGCGCCGCAAGGGCGCGGAGGGCGGGGACGAAGGCGGCGAGGCAGUUAAGGAGCACACGCGCGAUCUGGGACGCACGCAGUGGCGCCAGCAUCUGCACCGCUUGGCGCAGGUCUCCGUCGACGACAGGGGCAUCGCCGAUCUGCUCGGGCCAGUGCUGCGCCACAAAUACGAGCUGCCGCCGGCGCAGGUCCAGAAGUCGCUGGUGUACCUCGGCCCCAACGCCCGGCUGCGCCGCGUGGUGCACGACCUGAUUGUGGGCAAGCACGUGCGCGUGGGCGCCAUCGGCGGCAGCAUCACGCACGGCGCAAAGGCGUCGAAGAUCGGGGAGACGGACUGGUUCAGCCUGGUGUCGAAGUACCUCCGGGAUGCGUUCCCCCGGGCCAACAUAACCACGCGCAACGGCGCGCUGCCGGCGACGCCCAGCGCGCUCAUGAACAUGUGCUUGGAAACAUAUGUCGACGUCGACGUGGACCUGUUAUUUGUGGAGUAUGUGGCAAACGACGGCUCCAACGC